AUGAAGAUGCCCAAAGAAACCAAGCAGGCUUCUGUAUCCACCAGUGUCGAUGGUCAUACCAGCCCUACUACAGUAGUCACUACAAUCCUACCAGAUGGCAAUGUUCCAAGGACUUCUACCAGAAAUGCAGAUGAACAGGUUAUCGUGGCGCUGGGGUAUAAGCAGGAAUUCAAGCGGGAGUUUUCGCUAUGGACGACUUUUUGUGUGAGUUUUGCGGUGUUGGGGCUGUUGCCAUCGUUCGGGAGUACAUUGGCUUAUGGAAUGGGAUAUGCUGGCACGGCAGGAAUGGUCUGGGGAUGGAUUAUUGCCAUGGUUUUCAUCCAAUGCAUUGCCAUGGCUAUGGCUGAGCUUUGUUCGGCAAUGCCUACCAGUGGUGGGCUAUACUAUGCAGCAGCUGUCCUAGCACCACCCGGAUACGGGCCGUUUGCAGCGUGGAUUGUCGGCUGGUCGAACUGGAUCGGACAGGUUACGGCCGCACCGUCAGUGAACUAUUCCCUAGCAGCAAUGAUUCUGGCUGCGGUAUCGAUCGAGAACCCAAGGUAUGAACCAACGGCCUGGCAGACGUUUCUGCUGACGGCGUUGUUAUUGGCCGUGCACGCGGGCAUCAGCAGUAUGCCAACACGUUGGAUUGCACAGUUCAACUCGUAUGGUUCGACUUUUAACCUGCUAGCCCUGAUUUCCGUCCUGAUCGCGAUUCCCGUGCAAAUAGCCACGGAUGACAAUGACAAGAGGCCAUGGGGGUUCAAUUCCUCAUCCGACGUCUGGGGCAACAUUAACAACCGCACCGGCUGGCCUGAUGGCAUCGCAGUGCUAAUGACCUUCGUUGGUGUUAUCUGGACAAUGGCGGGUUACGACUCUCCAUUCCAUUUGAGCGAAGAGUGCUCGAAUGCCAAUAUCGCCGCUCCUCGAGCUAUUGUAAUGACCUCUGCCAUUGGUGGAGUGCUAGGCUGGCUCCUUCAGCUCGUCGUCGCAUACACAGUCCACGAUAUCGAAUCCGUAAUGAAUUCCUCGCUGGGCCAACCCUGGGCCUCAUACUUACUCCAAGUCCUUCCCCGCAAAACGGCAAUAGCCCUCCUCUCCCUGACAAUCAUCUGCGGCUUCUCAAUGGGUCAGGGCUGCAUGGUUGCCGCAUCACGAGUAACAUACGCCUACGCACGAGACGACUGCUUCCCCCUCUCCCGCAUCUGGAAGCGCGUAAACACAAAAACCCAAACCCCCGUCAACGCAGUCCUCCUCAACGCGUCCCUCGGAGUCCUCAUGAGCCUCCUCAUGCUAGCAGGCUCAGUAGCCAUCGGCGCACUCUUCAGCAUCGGCGCAAUCGCUCAAUUCGUCGCAUUCGGAAUCCCCAUCGCCAUCCGCGUGUUCUGCGUAGGUGACAGGUUCCGACGAGGUCCGUGGAAUUUGGGGCCUGCUUGGUUGGGGAGGACGGUUGGUGGGGUUGGGGUGAGUUUUGUGGCGUUGAUGGUGCCGGUUUUAUGUCUGCCUCAGGUUCGGGGAGAGCGAUUGACGCCGCAGUUGAUGAAUUGGACAUGUUUGGUGUAUGGGGGUCCCAUGUUGGGGGUUGUGGUUUGGUGGGUUGUGGAUGCGAGGAGGUGGUUUAGGGGGCCGAAGGUGAAUGUUGAGCAUGUUUAUGAGGGGACGUCGCCGAGUGGGAGCUAUACAGAGCGAUUGGGUUCUGUGUGA